CCGGCCCGCAGACGCGCCAUGGGCCCCGCACGCUGUUUGGUGCUGGGCGGCCUCCUCGCUCUGGCGGGGCUGUUGGAGGGCCGGCUCGUGAGCGAGCAGGAAGCCGGCUUCGGCGAAUGCGACCGAUUCUUCUACGCCGGGACCCCGCCCGCGGGGCUGGCGGCCGCUGCCCACGUGAAGAUCUGUCAGCGCUCCGAGGGCGCCGAGCGCUUCGCCACCCUGUACAGCACCCGGGACCGUAUCCCCGUGUACUCGGCGUUCCGCGCCGCGCGCCCCGCGCCCCUGGGAGCCGAGCAGCGCUGGCUAGUGGAGCCGCAGAUUGAUGACUCCAACAGCAGCCUUGAGGAGGUGAUGGAUGAGGCUGAUGCCAUCAGCUCUGUGAACAAUCUGGGAAGCAAGCAAGCCUUGCAUGCAGAUUACCUGGGUUCUGAUUACCAGACAGGACAGCUGUACCCCUUCUCCCUCAGCAGUGACCCCGACACGGCCACGUUCACUCUCACAAAUGCAGCUCCAAUGACCCUAUCCUUCCAGAAACGGUGGUACGUGAAUCUCAACAGCCUAAUGGACCGGGCCCUGAGCCCACAGUGUGGCGAUGGGGAAGAGCUCUACAUCAUCGCAGGUGCCGUGCCCUCAGACCUCAAGGUCAAAGACAAAGUGACCAUCCCGGAGUUUGUUUGGCUGGCAGCCUGUUGUGCUGUCCCUGGAGGAGGCUGGGCCAUGGGCUUUGUCAAGCACACCCGGGACCGGGAGGUCAUAGAAGAUGUGAUGGUGAAAGAACUUGAGAAACUGCUUCCAUUCACGCCUCAGCUGUUCCAGAACAACUGUGGGGAAAGUGAACAAGACACAGAGAAGAUGAAAAAAAUCCUGGAAAUGGUCAACCAAGUCCAGGAUGAGGAGCGAAGGGUAGACUCUGAAGGGGACUCUGGGACCCUCUCCAGCACGAGGAGUACCAGGUCCACUCUGCUGCCUCCAGAGGCAUCUGGGGAAAGGAGUAGCCUUUUGAGAAAACUCUUGGGCUUCACUGCUACCCCAUUCAUCAAGCUUUGCCAACUAAUUUAUUUCCUUGCAGUCAGAAUCCUGAAGUACCUUGUGUAUUUCCUGUGGUAUGUCACCAAACAGGUGACUCGUGGUCUAGAAAGUUGUCUUUACCGCCUGGGGUCAGCCACCAUCUCCUACUUCUUGACCAUUGGGGAGGAGUUGGCCAGCAUUCCCUGGAAGGUACUCAAAGUCAUGGUCAGGAUCACCAGGGCCAUUCUCCGGAUCCUUUGUUGCCUGCUGAAGGUUGUUUGCCGUAUCGUGGGCAUCCCUGUCCGAGUCCUUGUGGAUGUGGCCACUUUUCCUGUGUACACCAUAGGCGCAGUUCCAAUUGUGUGCAGGGACAUUGCAAUGGGCCUUGGUGGCAUCAUCUCUCUGUUCUUUGACACUGCUUUUGGCACCAUGGGUGGCCUAUUUCAGGUCAUUUUUACUGUCGGCAAGCAGAUUGGCUACAAGAUUACUUUUGACAAUCCUGGGGAUUUAUAGAAAAAAAAAACAACUGAGUGCCCAGUCACAGUGAAUUUGA